AUGGGCGAGUCGUUUGAUAUCCAGAACCUACUCCAGACGGGGUACUUUACAACUUCCCGGGCCAAAAGUCCAAAACCUCCACCAUCGCAGAUUGAGGAUCGUCCUUCUUCUCAACCUCCAGCCCAGCAGCAACCCUACCAGCUGCCUUAUUACCCAUUAAUACCACGACCGAAGUCUGCAGCCCCAGCGCGAGUUCCAAAAGUUCGACCACCACCACCCUGUGUCGAAGAUGAAGAAGUUUCGCUCAAGCGAGAACAUGGAGCAUCGAUCUCCAAGAUCCAGGAGGAGGAGCCUCCGUCACGUGGGGACGCUGAACAGAAUCCAGUAAUCAUGGAGGUCCAUGAAUAUAAUCCCGAGCGACGGUUUGUUAUCUUGACAGGCUCUUCAAGUGGUUCCGAGGGCGGUGAAACCGAAAGGAAGAGCGGGUCAGAUAGAAGAAAUGAGCCUGAAAGGAGGGCAAACGGGCACAAGCGAACUGACUCUGGCAAAAAGUUUGAACCUGAAAGGAAGCACGAAUCGGAAUCAAAGCCUCCACGAGUUGAGCGCGUUGAGAGACCCGAACGAAACGAGCGCGUUGAGCGACAGGAGAGACCAGAGAGGGUUGAGCGUGUGGAAAAGCAAGAGAGACCCGAAAGAAACGAAAGGACAGAACGACAAGAAAGACCUGAGAGGAAUGAACGGGUUGACCGACAGGAUAGACCCGAAAGAAGUGAACGAAUAGAGCGAAACGAUAGGCCCGAUCGAAGCGAGAGGGUUGAACGACAGGAAAGGCCGUCGAGCGACGUCUAUACAGACGCAAGAUCCAGUCGAAGAUACGAUGCCAACUUGAAAACCGAUGCACCAGCAACUAGGGAACGCAGCAGACCGCCUCUAGAGAAACGACGCAGCAGACAAGAUUUACCUCGACUGGAAACUGAGCUUCGAGAUGAUCAGUUGCCCGAGAAAUACCGUACCCGUCCUUCAGCGCCCGCAAGCAGCCGUUAUGAACAGCCUCCUGCUCGGCCACCCAAAAUCCCCAUUGAUCCCCUGCAUGCGCCUGAAAUCAUCAAGAGCAGCGCCAGCGGCCGCGAUCAAGCGUAUUAUGGACAAUCCCAAGGAGCUGCUCGCAGGUCCCCUACCCGGCCCAACAAUGUGUCCGGCAUGCCAAGCGAACGACGGUAUGAAAGCAGCCAUACCCGAAAUUCCUCAACUGCAUCCACGACGAAACGCACGACUGUCGAGCCUGAGAAGCCGACGCGGCCUUUGUCUAAGGAGCGGGUUGGUGAUGCCCCUACUCGCCCUCUUUCAAAAGAACGGGCUGAUGAGAAGCCCACUCGUCCUCUGUCCAAGGAAGGUCGUCCUCUGUCUAAGGAAGGUCGUCCUUUAUCGAAGGAAGGACCCAAGGUCGAAUCCCCUUACAGAAGUGAGUAUGGGUCGAGAAAUAGUAGGAAGGAAAACUCCCCUCCUUAUUCAAGACCAGAGCGUGAGGAUUACAGUCGAUCCUCGACAUUCCCUUCCCGUGAGCCUGUACGAGAAUCGACAACUCGACGUGACGACCGCCGUGAUGGUCGCGAUGAUCGUGGUGAGGAUAGUCGCUCUGGUGAUGACCACCCUAAGGGCCCACGCGAACUUCAUCCCAGACGUAAGAAGUCUGUUGUUCUAUCGGAUGAACGAGAUUCUCAGCCGAAAUUGGAAAAGGUCGACGCACCUAGUGGUCCCAGGGAGAAGAUUCGUGGGCCUACGACACCUAUCCCCAUCCCCAUCCCUAUCCCUAUCCCCACCCGCAAUGGGUCAACUGCAUCAGAAGAGCUUCCUCCCAGCAUAAGGCCCGCCUCGACAUUCCCAAUUACUAGAGAUCACCAUCCUCUUCCUGAAAGGCCAAAGUCAGAGCUACCUUAUCCUAUGGACGAUGAUCCUUUAGUUGAUCCCUUUGAUGUUCGGGGUAAUGCGGAAAGGGUCGGUAGGUCACGAUCUCGGUAUGACGGUGAUUCUGUUGUCUCGAUGCCCAGCAUGCCAGCUCCUAUUCCCAGUGGUCCUGGAAUAUCACUCGAAUCCAGGCCUGCAUCAGCUUUUCCAUCGACCAAUCGUCCUCCGCCUUCCGCACAAUCUUGGCAGCCACCAGCCUUUGAUCCCGUUCGAGACGGCGUUCGCCUCGAGAAGCCAGUGGGAUCCAUUCGACGUCACUCGGAACAUCAGGAAGCGACAGGUGUUACCACGUUUCCCGAAUGCCGCCGCAAGCAUCCCGUUGCAGGUUUGGUGGACUGGCUCACGUUACCUCGUACAGAUUUUAAUAUUUGCCCCGACUGCUAUGGCUCUGUCUUUGCAAAGACUCAGUAUCGAAACCCAUUCCAGCCCAUGCUUCGUCCCACAUCCCAGGCAAUUUCAUGUGACUUUGGUGUUGGGCCCUGGUACCGUAUCGCAUGGCUUCUUACUUUGAAGAACGAGUUGCCUGAUCUGCGACUCUUUCAUGACGUUGCCAACGCCAUUACUGCCACCAAGAGUCUCCCUUGCCCGGGUGAUAGAGUCACCACGCGCAACUGGCAAACACUCUGGAAUCCAUACACAAGACAGCCUGUCUACGACUUUACGGUGUGCCCUCAGUGCGUCAAGAUAAUCCAUGCACUAUUCCCCAAUCUUACCGGCAUUUUCAUUCCUGUCGAUUCCCGUUCGGAGCCAACCAGAGGACUUUGCGCAAUGCGCUUCAAGCCGAAACGGAAACGAUUCGUCAUGUACUUUGACGCUUUGGAAACAACGUCAGAUCAAGCACGACGGGAGCAAGAAGAGCCAGACGUCAAGGUUCUUGCACAAGACAUCGAAAAGAUGGCUGCCGUGAGUGAGUGUCAGGAAGAUAAGCCUAUAAUCAACGGGCACUGGCACAUCAUGCAGUUCCUCCAACAGUUUACAGUCUGUGGCGAAUGUUUUGACGAGGUGGUCCGGCCUUCAAUCAAGGAUGACAACGUCAUCGCUCGCAACUUCUACAUGAAGUCGCAAAAGCUACCACUCGCAACGUGCCAGCUCUACUCUAAUAGAAUGAGAGAGAUUUUCAAGAAGGCUUGCCGAUGGAAUGAUCCCAAGUACUUGGAGGCCAAGGUACUUGAGCGGUUGGAUGUCGAGGCUAUGAUCCACGAGAAGCUGGCCAGGUUGGAGAGAUCGACGCAUGAGGACGAGAAUUGGGUUGAAGAACAGGUGGACAAGUACAUUCAAGAAUGGAAGAGGUGGGAAUAA